GCCCUUCUUCCGGCUGGAUGAGAGGCCGCCGGAGCCGCUUAGCACCGAGCGGAGAUGUGCCGAGGCAGCCGGCGGGCCGCUCCAUCCCGCUGCACACUUAGGAGAUGCCUGGGACAAGGAGGCCACCUUCUCAGGGCAAAAGGAAAAGGAGGUGACAGGCGUUGAGACCCCUGAAGGUGGAAUCCAUGGCUAGGAUCAGUUUUUCCUACCUCUGUCCAGCCUCCUGGAACUUCACUGUGCCCACAGUGAGCCCAUUUCCCCGUCAGCGGGUGGCAUUCCUGGGACUCUUCUUCAUAUCCUGUCUCCUUUUACUUAUGUUAAUCAUGGACUUUCCACAUUGGGGUGCUUCAUUACCACGAGAUAGGCAAUAUGAAAGGUAUUUGGCUCGAGUAGGGGAGCUUGAAGCUACUGACACCAAAGACCCAAAUCUGAGCUAUGGACUUGUUGUGGACUGUGGCAGCAGUGGAUCCCGGAUUUUUGUUUAUUUCUGGCCAAGACAUAAUGGGAACCCCCAUGACUUGCUGGACAUCAAACAGAUGAGAGAUCGCAACAGCCAGCCAGUGGUUAAAAAAAUCAAGCCAGGAAUCUCUGCAAUGGCAGACACUCCAGAACAUGCCAGUGAUUACCUUCGUCCUCUGCUGAGCUUUGCUGCUGCUCAUGUGCCUGUGAAGAAGCACAAGGAGACCCCCCUUUACAUCUUGUGUACAGCAGGCAUGAGGCUUCUCCCUGAGAGGAAGCAGUUGGCUAUCUUGGCAGAUCUAGUGAAAGAUUUACCACUGGAAUUUGACUUCCUCUUUUCGCAGUCUCAGGCGGAAGUAAUUUCUGGGAAGCAAGAAGGGGUUUAUGCGUGGAUUGGAAUCAACUUUGUUUUGGGAAGAUUCGACCAUGAGGAUGAAUCAGAUGCUGAGGCUUCCCAAGAAUUGGUGACAGGACGCAGAAGGACAGUAGGGAUACUGGAUAUGGGAGGAGCCUCUCUACAAAUUGCUUAUGAAGUUCCUACCUCAACCUCUGUCCUUCCUCCAAAGCAGGAAGAAGCUGCCAAGAUCCUACUGGCUGAGUUCAACCUGGGCUGUGAUGUGCAACACACUGAACAUGUAUACAGAGUUUACGUCACAACCUUUCUGGGUUUCGGAGGCAACUUUGCCCGGCAGCGCUAUGAAGACCUGAUGCUGAAUGAAACUCUUAAUAAAAAUAGAUUGCUGGGCCAGAAGAUAGGUCUGAGUCCUGACAAUCCAUUUUUGGAUCCCUGCCUGCCAGUGGGACUCACAGAUGUGGUGGAGAGGAACAGCAAGGUCCUGCAUAUCCGAGGCAAGGGAGACUGGGUGACUUGUGGGGCAAUGCUGAGUCCCCUGCUGGCCCGCUCCAACACCAGCCAGGCCUCACUGAAUGGCAUCUACCAGUCGCCAAUUGACUUCAACAACAGCGAGUUCUAUGGCUUCUCUGAGUUUUUUUACUGUACAGAGGAUGUAUUGCGCAUUGGUGGCCGCUACCACGGGCCAACAUUUGCGAAGGCUGCUCAGGAUUACUGUGGCAUGGCUUGGUCGGUACUAACUCAGAGAUUCAAGAAUGGCCUCUUUUCAUCACAUGCAGAUGAGCAUCGACUCAAAUAUCAGUGUUUUAAAUCAGCUUGGAUGUACCAAGUCCUACAUGAAGGAUUCCACUUUCCCUACGACUACCCAAACCUGCAGACAGCUCAACUGGUCUAUGACCGAGAGGUUCAGUGGACACUGGGAGCCAUUCUGUAUAAAACACGAUUCUUACCACUCAGGGAUCUUCGGCAGGAAGGUGUCCGACAAGCCCAUGGUAGCUGGUUCCGUCUCUCCUUUGUCUACAACCACUAUCUCUUCUUUGCCUGCAUCCUGGUGGUGCUACUGGCCAUCAUCCUGUACCUUCUGCGGCUACGCCGAAUUCACCACCGACAGACUCGAGCUUCAGCUCCACUGGACUUGCUGUGGAUUGAAGAGGUGGUGCCCAUGAUGGGAGUGCAGGUGGGGCCGUGA